UCGCUGGCUGGACAGUUCAGCAUGCCAGGGUAUCCAGCUAGUGUUCAAAGUAUGUCUAGGAACAACAUGAACAGUAUUUUAAACUGCGGUAGUCCCAUAUUUUCUUCUCUCUGCAGCAGUGUAGCGUCAGUGGGGUGGGGGAAAGAAACUCUGGGUAGCUGGAUUUGUCUGUGCAUGGUUACUGUCCGGCUGUGGUUAAAUUGGAUGUGCAUGGCUUGAAUUUAAUGGAAUGUGUUCAAUUUUCCUUGAGGUUUUAAGGAACAGAGCAGCAUUUAUCAAAGCAGCUGCAGGUCAUGUGGGAGCAAUUCCCAGGAGUUAGAGAAUACUCUAAUGGAAUCUUUCCUCACGUUGCGGUUACAGUUUUUCAUAUUAACACUUCAGGCCCUUACUUCAUAUUCCCCUGCACAGGCCCACAAGACACACACAAUAUAUAGUUUUGCCUUAUCCCAGCUUACAGACAGCUCUCCAUAAACAUCCAGUUAUCUCAGUGUGAAGGGAAAAUGCAGUUAGGUCCACAAAUACUACAGAUCUUCCUUGAGUAAGCUCUGCCCCCCUGAAAAGCCCACCAGUUCUGCUUCCUCAAUUGCAGUGGAUGGCCAGAGCUAUUUUUGAAGACUUAAGUGGUGUCUUGUGUUGGCUAUCUGCACAGGGUGAAUGUGAUAUACCCGGGUGCUAUCCAGACUUGUUGGGCGGCUUUGUCAUCCCUGCCCUGUAACCUGGAGUGCCUUGCAAUGCCUCCUCCAACCUGGCCUGCUCAGAAACAGCCACCAGCAGGAAGGUCGCACCCAGAUGUAUUUGUGUAACUGGGUCACACCCUGGCUCUCACCAGUCUUGGUUAUGCUGCAGGGUGAUCCCAACAAACUCCCAACUCCUAAAUUUCCCCCCAGAAAUGUAUGUCUUGUACUGCCAAGCUCUCUCCUGGACAGUCCAAAUAUAUUAAAUCUCUUAUUCCUUUAAGGGAAUACAACGGUUUACUACCUUAAAUAGAGUUACCCAGAAAUUUUCAUAUAAACUCAGUGGAUUAGAUAAACCAAGUUUAUUAACUACAAAGAGAUAUAUUUUAAGUGAGUACCAAUAAUGAGGCAUAAAAAUCAGAAAUUAUUACAAGAAAAAUAAAGAUAAAACACUUUCUAAUGCCUAAUUUAACAAACUAUAUUAGAUUCAAGCAUAGUUUCUCAACACAUGCUUUCAGCAGCAUCACUGACCAAACUCUUCAGGUCAGAGCACUGCCCCUAACAUCCAACAGUUGUUGUCAUUGCCUUCUAAGGUGCAGAGAAUACAGUAGGCAGGGAAGAGAGGGGUGGCUUGGGGUGUUUGCCCUGCCUUUUUAUAGUGUUUUAGUCCCUCUUUGAAAAGCAUUUCCAGCUGAGAACCAGGAGACAGGCAGUCUACUGGAGGAAGGCUGUUCCCUGCUGGGCUUUUUCACCUGUGUGAGCUCCCUUUGUUUUCUCCUUUCCCCUUUUCUGGUUGAUGACUGUUUACUGUGUUAAUGCCAAUUAAGACAAGCAUAUACUUUGUUCAAAACAGGUCUGUUUGACCAGUUUGGUGAUAUGUGAGUCUGCACAUGUAUUUUUAACAUCAAACAGAGGAAAUGUAUAACUUAAUGCAUAAAGCUGCCACACACAUUUUACCAUGAUAUCACUGAUCAUCAAAUUACGAGUUUUCUAAUGAGACCUCACAAGGCAUUCCUUGUACAAAGAUUAUUAUAAUAGUGUGUGAGGUUUGAACCCAGGGGUGAAUUCCAUCACAAUGAAUUUCUGUGGAGAUGAGAUCUAGAAGGAAGCAAACUAGACAGACGUACAAACUGAACUAACAAUCUUCAAUCUAAACCACAUUUAGCUGGAAGGUGUACAUGUGUAAGGUCUUAGUAAAAAUAUAUUUUUUUAAAUUAAAAAAUUGUAAAUAUUUAUGAGUGUUUAGACUAAGUAACUUUUCCUGAUUGUGCUGCAUCCUGUGAAAAUCACACUGUGGGAUCUGUGGAUCUGGAUGCAGAGGAGAAUAGGAAAUAGGCACUUCUGGUGCAGAGCUUAACUCCAGGUCCGUGAUGACUGACUGGUCUGGUUCCGCCUCCUUAAGUUUGCAGGGGACAUGAAAAUCCAAUGAAGAAUCUGUGGACCUGGAUACUUGGAGAAAGGAGAAUUUAAAGUAAGAGACAACAUAUAUGAUUUUUUAUUACUUAUUGUGUUUGUAUAACAACAUUGAUGUGCCUAAUGUACAAUAUAGACCAAACAAAUAAAAGUGCAAUCAGCCUACCCCAAAGAGCUUACAAAAUAUGAUCCCAGUCCUGAAAACACUUAUGCAUAUACUUAACUUUAUGCAUAUGAGUACUUCCAUUGGUUUUACUCAAAUUAAAACUAGCAUAAGCGUCUGCACAGAUCAGGGCCUAAAUUAGAAAACAUAAAGGAAAUGACAACAUUAAUCUAAAUGUUAAUCUAUGUAAUGCAAUUUCACUCUGUGUAAAAACUUGUGACUGACUGGUUGUACUGCCCUUCCCCAUAAGGCAUCAUCUAGUUAAUGCACAGAAAUAUUGUGUGAUUUUUUUUUCCUAUGGUGGGUAUAACUCUAUACUACACAAAAACCUUAGAAUUUUUGUUAAAGAAUGGGACACUUUUCUGGGUCUCCAAGUUCUAAAAGUCACAAAAUAGUUCAUUGUCGCAAAAUACUGGAACAUUAUUAUUAGAAAAAUUACAGUAACAACAUAAUACUGUAUUUCUUUGUGAGCAAGGGAUUUUCCAUUUUGAAGGGGAAGUCAGACAAAAAUAUUUCUGAAAGUUACAUUGUUUGUAAUGUUAUAGAAGGCAAUAUUUGUCUUUGCUUAGUUUCUUGGCACCUGGUUUCACUUUUGACAGAUAUGAUGUCUUUAUUAUAUAUGUUUUAUCCUUACUUAUUUUAUUAUUACAGCAUUCUUGAGCUCUGACUCUAAUUCUACCACCUAUGAUUUAUAUUAAUAUAUUCUAACAUUUUGAUAAAAGAAAGCAUAGAGCUUCAUUGGAAGAUGAGACCAGAUCUUCUGAGAAUGAAAGAGGUUGCCCUUAUUUACCUUGAUAGGAGUGGUGGCCUUCAGAAAUUUGUGGACGAUUGCAAACGAUAUAAUGACUCAAAGCAAAGUUAUGCUGUUUAUCGAUUCAUUAUUUCGAUAAAUCCUUCUGAUAUUGCUGAGUUGGAUGCAGCUCUUGGCAAUCAGAUUCUACACAAACCCAUGAAAGCUGCACAAAUUUUUCAGUCGGUCUGUUUCAUAGCUAUUAAAACACUGUCAUUAAUUGAACAAUUACAGACAGAGGCCCAGAUUAAUAUAGUGUUGAAACCAACACACUUGCCUCCUCUGCCAAGUUAUGUUCUCAGCCUUUGUGAGUUUCCACUUGAUUACAUGUCUCAGAGAUUUUAUAUGUCAGAGGGAAUAGUGAUUGCAAUGGGAACUGUAACGAAAUACACACAAGGAGCAAGAUUCCUUUGUUCUGAGGAAACCUGUCCAUUUUCUGAAGGGUUUAAUUAUAUAAGAGUGCAUAUCCCUGGAGCUACAGAGUCUGCAACAGUGAGGAAUGAUUUUGUAUGCAGUUUAUGUGCUUCACCACUGCGAGAAGACAUGAAAUUUAGAGUACUUGGUGAUAAACAGCUAGUUGAAAUGAUAGAUGCAAAAGCUCUGAGUGCUUUCCAAGGAUAUUCCAACAACAAACCACAUUUCAGGAUUCAGUCUUUUACAGUUUUCCUAAGAGAUGAAUUGUCAAACAAAAUGAAAAUAGGAAACAGGUAUAGGUUUAUAGGAAUUCCGGCUUGCAUACAAAACUGCUCACAAGUUACAGUCUGUAUAGAAGUCAACAGUAUACAGCUCUGUAGUCCAGAAGGUACUUCUGGUAUCAGUGAGAAUUUUAAGUAUCUGCUCUCCUUGACUUCAAGUUCAUGUUGGAGGUUUACAGCCAUACUUGCCAACAUCUUUGCUUCUCAAGUUGUCCCACCAGGCACUUACAAUACUCUUAAACUGUCCAUACUGUUGAGUCUAGUCCAGACAUGUGACAGAGAGAGAGAGACAGCAGAUUACCUGGAUCUUUUGAUUGUGACCAGUGACACCCUAAUAGCAGAUAGGCUUUUGAAUUACAGUGUUUGUCUUGUAGCCCGUGGCAUACGGCACCCAGCAUCUAAUGACAUUUUUCCUACUGUGUCCAAAGAUAAGCAUGGAACUGGAACUGCUAGCAUUCAGGCGUGCAGUGCUCUGCUGGCCAAAGGUGGUAUCUGCUUCAUAGGAGAUUUGUUGUCACAUAAAAAGGAUAAACUUGAACUUCUGCAGUCAGUGCUGGAGAGCAGAACCACUACAGUAUUUAUUCCUGGAAAGAAGUAUGGAGAAGAUGUUGACCAGCAAGUUAUCCUUCCAAUUCAGACCAGUUUCUGGACUUUUGUAGAUGAGGAUUUGUCAUCCAAAACAUAUGUACAAAAGGAUAAUACUCUAAUUGGCAAAUUGGACUUGAGAUCAAUAGCAGCUAACCUUAUAGAUGCUUUUGGGCUUUUGAUACACUGCAAUGAAUUUUCUUGCCAACGAGCUCUUCCUCUUUUGGAUCACAUCAUGAAAAAAGCCAUUGAUGCAGAAGAAGUACCUUAUACCAUCUCCCAGCAGUUCAGAACACAAGAUUAUGAAGAGGUGCCUCUGUAUUUUGUGUGGCUCCAAAUGCAGUGUUUCCAUUUGACCUCAUUGAUGAAAACUCUCUGCAGCAAAGAGAUGUUUAUCUGAUGCAGUGCUAUCAGCAACUGUUACAGUUUAUUGCCACAUAUGGCCCUGGAACACACGUUACCACUAGUGAAGAAUAAAGACCCCAUUCUGAAAACAGAGCUUGUUCCUAUUUCAUCAUAAAGUUGGGAUUUUUUUGGGAAAAUGUAAACAAAUUUAAUAAGUUUUAGAGUAUUGCUACUGCAAAAUGUAUAUGAAAGUUGAUGUUUUAUGAAAUUGCUACUCCUACGAAUAAGCCAACUCGAAAUUAAACGAUAUUGCACAUUAAGUUUCUCAGACUUAGCAUAUCACUAGACUGGUGGCUUCUCAAAGCUGUGACUUCUAAAGAUAAGAUGACCCAGAGAAGAAAAGCAAAGCACCAUACUCAUGCUGCUGUAAAUACUAAGUAGGUGACAAUGCUCACACCCCCACAACUAUUAAAAUGUACCCAGGGAAUGGUAGUGAAAAACUUAUAUUGGGAAUAAGAGGAAAACAAAAGUUUAAAUAAAAAUGGUUUAAAAAAUAA